AAAAUAAAAAUUAACGCUAUCGCCGAAAUAAACAUAUUCAAGAUGAUGAAACGAAAAACAAGCGAGAUUUGGUGCUUUUUUAGGGCAAUAGAUGACACAUAUGCCCUUUGCAACAUCUGCAAAGCCAAGCUAUCGUACAAGACGACAACAACAAACUUGAGCAAACAUAUGAACAGAAUGCAUCCCAAUGUGUCUCUGUCCCGGGACCAAAAGUACAGGAUACAGCCCAGAUCAGGCAUAAUUGAUCGCAAUCGAGGGAAGCCGCGUAAUCCUACACAGGAGAUGGUGCUCCUGGAAUUCAUUAAGAAGCAUCCAAAUCUGCUGCAAAAUCCCUGCUGGGAGAAUCGUAACAUAGUUGAGUCGCUAUGGGCACAGCUCACAUCCGAGCUGAAUUGUAAUGGGCCACCACAAAAGGAUGUCGCUACGUGGAAAAAGGCGUUAAAAGACUGGAAACGGUUCAUACUUAAGAAAGUGGAAAAAAACGAAAUGCACAAUAUUCCAUUUGAAACCAGCCUAAGUUCGGCUGAAGUAACAAUAGCCAAGAUUUGUCGCUUAAACGAGGAUGAUGUCAGUGACAUGAUCAUAAAUGCUUCGGAUGAAGAUGAUAUGCAAGAAGUGAAACACUCGUCAUAUGAUGUAGAGGAUGUUGUCCCAGAAGAAGAUCAGGAUCACAGUGCAAUGCAGGUUCCUCCUGGUUUCGAUUACUAUCCAGAGGAGACGAAAACAACCAUUGACAUUGAUCCACUUUACCUGCAAAAUGCAAAAAUGCUAAGGCAAUCAAACGCCAUGCAAUACGCAACAGCAACCACAUUCGAUACAACCGACACUCAAGUUGAAAUAGUCCAUGAUGAGGGUAAUAGUACCCAAAGCGCUAUAAAGGAAUUUUGCACUCUUUAUAAGCAAAAGCUAGUCGAGGACAAGAGACACCAUUUGGCCCUGGAGCAGCUAAUGGCGGAAAAAAAUGCCUUGAAACGAAAGCUCCUAGAAAUUGAACAGCGUAAACUAUCAUUAAAAUAGCAAGUAUACAAUAAAUGUAUAGAAAUAAUUUUUUGUAUUUUUUUGGAAGUUCGUCGAAACCUAAUUUUAUAAAUAUAAAAACCAGACAAACCUUAUAAAAAAAAAUACAAUUCCUUUUUUGAAAACUUCUGUUGUUAUCUUAAGAUACAUUUUAGAUUUUUUCCAUUUUAAAUAUAUGUAACUACAAAUAUUGAGAGCCUAUUUAUAAUGAUAUAAAGAUUGUCCAGAUGUAUAUAUCUUAAAGUAAUAUUAGACAGACAGCAUAUAAUAGAAAAUCGACUUAAUGAAAUAAAUUUAAACAUUUCAUGAAUUGAGUUUGAUUAAAAAAUGGCAUAUCAUUUAGUCUUUACUCUUGAAAACCUUAAGUUGAUAAUUGUAGAGUAUUCAUUGAUAAUUAAAUUAUUCCUGUACCAUGAAAGUUUAUCUUGAGUAAAAAAUCCAUACUGAAUCAUAGAAUAGCUUUCACAGGAUUGAUGUGAAAGAGCUUAUGUUGGAAUAGCUUUUUAUAAAGUAUGUAUUUUAAAUAGUGAUCUGAAUAAUUGCACUUUUUUGUUAGAAUUGUGUGAACAACAAAUUAGGCUUGAUCUAAUCUGAUUAAAUAAAAUAAAUUGCCAAUUUUACUGUUCUAGAAAACUA